UUCGUACGCGAGCACAAUCCUUUGGUGCGCGUCAGAUUUUCCUUAGAGAAAAAAAUCAUAUUUUCAAGGAAAAGCUUAUAGCCUUGAAGCAGGUGAAUUGUUUUACAGACGAGGGUAGGUGUCCGAUCCCUUGAAAUAUGCAAAUAUGAUUCGUGAGAAAAAGUGAUUUGCGAGGUAGUGCUCGGAAUCAAUAGCGGUAGUUCCCAGGAUAGUCAGUUAAUAGUGGAGACGAUGACAGGCGUUGUUCUUACUGUAGUUGAAUCAAUGUCAAGGUUUGCCUAGUGCGAAAUCGCUUGGCCGAAAGGAUAACGAUAUCGGGGCAAAGAAGUUGAGGGUGUGGGAUGUGAAAUGUGCUUUUGAAUAGAAGUGCGGCAGUGUUUAAUCGAUUACAGAAUUUUCAAAACUCGCUGAAAUAGUGGAGCAAUUUGAAAGGGCGUAGUAACAUAACGCAACUACUGGAGCUCAACCACCUGCCGGAUCUGCCGCAUAGUUUUUCGUAACGCGUACGAAAAGAGCUUUGUGACUUAAGUGCGUUUUACUAAGGACAAUCCGGAGUGACUUAAUGAGAAUCCACCACAAACAAAAUCAAAGAUUUAUUUCAUAAAUGCCAACCAUCAGCACUGAGCAACUUUGCAGGCAGAGCGGGCACAACAAAUCACAGCGGCUGCCAAGAAACACGGAUCCCAGAUUCCCCGACAAGGAUUAUGCAAAUAAGGAUUGCGACGUGAGAACAACAGAGUGAAAAGCGAACUUAUCAGAAUAUUAAGCGACGCUUUGUACCACAGAACUAGGAGAGUAGAGAUAUUAUCCUCCCGGCAUAUACGUAUACGUAGGUGGAGCGGCGACCUUAAAUAAUCGUUCAGGGUUGGGCACGAGGACCCAGCAAGGAUCUAAGUUGAGGGACGGAGCGAAACAAAGACGAAUAAUAAUAGAAAACUGGAAUUACUCCUGUUUAAAUAAAGAAGGGCAAAUUCAUUCUAAGGACGAAUAAAAAAACGAAAUAUAAAUGAAAUAAAGAACCCGAAUGAAAAGUGUUUAACUAGGAUAAGGUUGAGUUGGGAUACGGAGACGCGACUCCAGGACUUUCAAUUACACAACUGUGAAGCAGCGGAGGACGACACAGCGGUAUAACAAUAAAAUGCUUACCAUCCGCGAAAUCAUCCCCGAGAAGAUGAAAAUUGAAAAGAGCAGGUUAAAAUACAACAAAAAUAACAGUCCGUCCCGUCAGGUGCUACAUUAAUUGACAUUGUUUGAAGGUUUCCACUUUUAUUUCCAUCGUGCUUGAACCUGAAAAGGAUUCCUUCAGCGUAGACCACCAUAAUGUUUUGUGUAUUGGUGUAGGUGUCUAUGAAAGAUAAGAAAUUGAGCAAAUAGUUUUGAUGUUUUCCCGGGACAUGAGGUUAUGCAACGGAGUUGGAAUGGAGGAGUCCUGGCUUUAAUUUAAUUCAAAUUGGAGCGAACAUUGUAAGUGGCUAUUUCGAGGUUUUUCAACAUGUAAAUGAGAAUAAGCCAAGACAGAGUUCCGGAGAUGAACAAGGCAAGAUAUCACUGUUCAAUUGUCGAUAUUCCGCAAUGUUGCCAUAGGCAUUAGAGGGCCGAUGUGCUGAGAAUGCAAACUGUGAAUUGCGACCAAAAGCGAUAUUAGAAAACCAUCAUUUGUUGCGAAAGAAACAAUGUGAGCUUAAGUUAAAACUUAAUCUGCGAAAACGAGUACACUUCACGAAGUGUGAAUUUGAACAAUAUCCAAAACAAAUACUUUGCCAAAACCAUGCCUCUCAUGAAACAGAGAGGUUUUAAAGGACUGAAAUUUUCAAUUUUGUGCGACGUUUUUCUAUUAUUCUUCGUGGCAUUGUUUGCCUUGGAAGCGAAAGGUCAAACAAUCGAAAUAGUGCCGAGCGUAUUCAGUGAAGAUGAUUUAGUUUUAAAACCAUUAUCAGGAUCAUCUGAUACAGGUCGUAACGAUUCAGAUCACCCGGAAUUGGCAAAUAGAUUCGAUAUUUACGGUGACUUCAGCAAAACACCGCAUGACACUAUCCAAAGAAUACUGCGAGACGAGGAUAGUGCUCUGGGCGUGGAGGACCAGAGGGGCACGUUUCGUUGGAAAAAGUCUGCCGAAUCACCAGUGCAUCGCAAGGUGUCUAAACGAGAAAUAGAAAUACUUCUUCCAAGUAACAGUAGUAGUAGUGAAAAUAGUACAAAAUCCUUAGACUUAGUGAAUAGUAAUUUAACAAAAUUUGUAAUUGAUAGUGACUUAGAAUUGCAACUGAAACAAUCAGACGAUAGACGACUUAUAAUGCGAUUGAAUUUAACGAAUAAUCUUAUCAAGGAGUUUAGCACCGAAGAUUUGAAUCCCUGGCUUGCGGAAGUGACGCAUUUGGAUUUGACGAAUAAUCGAUUGUCAAAAUUUGUCGUAAACGUUCAUUCCCAACUAGUAAACGUAAAUCUCUCGGGCAACAAUAUUUCGAGUUUAAUAAUCGCAGCGAAUGACUCAAAGUUAGAAACGUUGUCCAUUCAAAACAGUAAUUUGAGCUCGGCUUCAGUGACCGAUAAUACCAGCAUUUUCAACAUAGCACCCGCCGAGCUACUCGAGACCCUCGACCUCUCCUGUAACGAAAUCACUAAAGUCGAUGAAAAACUUUUAGGAAGUGGUCGGGCACUGAAACGCCUCAACUUGUCAAAGAAUCGCUUACGACGAAUUGAAAAGGAUACAUUUUAUACCCUCAUAAAUAUCGAUACAUUAGUGCUAUCCCAUAAUCAAAUCGAAAGUAUUGAUGCUGAGACGUUUUCAGUUCUGCCAACUCUGCAAUAUUUGGAUUUGUCGUACAACAAUAUUAGAGCCGAAUCAAUACGUUCGUUGCAAGGAAUCCCAGAUUUAGUUGGACUGUCAAUAGCAUAUAACCCUGAUCUGGGGGAUGCCCUGCAGGAGUUUGUAGCAUCAUGGAGUUUGAAAGAUUUGGAUGCAAGCGGAACCGGUCUAUGUCGGAUACCAUCGGCUUUGGCGCAAUCUGUAAGGACGUUGGUGCUGGUAGAUAAUUGGUUUGAGGUUAUAAGAUGUGGCGACCUCGACAGCUACCCGCUUCUCCAAUACCUGGAUUUAUCGCAUAGUCACAUUGCUGAAAUCGAAGACGACGCACUCGGCCGCCUGGAAAUCCUGCAAACACUUUUCCUAGAUCAUAAUCGUCUCAAACGAAUUCCCAUCAGUCUCCCUACUAAUCUGGAGAAUCUCUUCUUGCACAAUAACGAAAUCAGUGACAUUCAACCCCAAUCGCUGCAGCAACUAACAAAUCUCCGCACGCUAGAUCUAUCACAUAACAAAUUAACGUAUUUACCCGGUUUGCCGCUACCAAAGCUUCUCGUACUCAAUCUACAGUCGUCCGGACUAAGGGGAUUAAGUCAAUCAGUUGUGAAAACAUCUCCCAAAUUGAGGGACUUGCUGCUGGAUGGUAAUCCGAUUAAAUGUACAGAACUAAUGGGCAUUGCUGAAUGGGCAAGUCCAUGUCAAAAUCGGGACACCAUAACAACGCGAACGAUUCCAUCCAUUGGGGACAAGGCGAAUCAACAGGGCAUUAAGGAAGCGUUCAUUGAAAUGCACAACUAUUUGACAGGUUUUCCAGCUGCUUGGCAAAGAUGUCCUAGGACAUAUGCGAAAGGCAAUUCCAGUUAUGGAUCCCCACCCGCAUGUGCUACCCUCAAGAAGGAUUUACUUCUACAAUCAAACAAGUUGGAAACGCAAUUCAACAAAACAAUUGUCGAGGAGCAUAAAUCCAUGAAAGAGAUAGUUUCGGACAGUGCUAUUAGUCCUAACCAUUCCAAUGAAGAUAUUGAGAAUAGCAUCCAAGUGAAGCCUCCAGUCUUGCAAUUAUCGCAAAUUUCAGACAACAAAAGACGCCAGAAACAUCAGAACGAAUCGAGCAAAAAUUCAAAGGGACCCACUAGUCACAUUUCUGGCGAAAUUGCAAGCAGUUUGGCAAGCAAUCAAACGUCUCAAGCAGAAUUAUUGCCAAAUGAUACAACUACAAGGAUCGACGAUAGACCAAUAAAAAUCGUCGACAAUAAUAGCAGUUCUUCCUCAAUAAAUGGCAGCAGCAAUCAACGAGGAAAUAAAAUGAAUGGCAGGAUGCCCGAGGAUGCCAAGAGUUCCCCAUUGUUGUCGGUUGAAUCUCCGACGACAGCAACUAUUUCUUCUUCGACAGAAUUGGAAUCACAAUCACAAUUGCAUCAUAACUUCAGUGAAAGUGGUAUCAUGUUUACAAAGUUCUCUAACGAAAAUAUUCGACAAAAACAACAACAAUCGCCUCGGGAGGACGAUGGAGCAAGGAACAUGGAAUCUGAUAAGGACACUGCUAGUACUUUGUUAACGUUCGACACGACUACCACGCUCAUCUCAUUCCCAAUCACAACUGAAAAUAAUGGUCUUUUAAAUACGAACCAGCCAGAACACCAACAAAUUAGCACCAAUUCCCGUCUCGACAAAUUGGACCAAACGUCCACUCACAUCCCUUCAUCCACUGAAGCAGCCUCCACCCAGCUAGAUGACGAACUUUUGCCAACAACGACAACAACUGUUCCGAUAAAUGAUUCUGUAUCUGAUGAAAUGAAAACAACCAGGCAAACAAAAAUGAUGAUGUUAGCCAUUCAACCGAUGGAGGAUGACAUUGUUCAGGAACCGACAAGGAAAGUUUCCCGAACAGCGAGUCCUGUCCAACAACAGGACAUUUCCAAUGACGAAACCAUUUACAGAGUUUCAGCUUCUUAUUCUGUGGACAUCGCAUCUGGCAAGACUCCUUCUCAUACAACGACAACAACGGAAUCAACAAAAGCAACGUUACAUCUUGGAAGGAUAGUAUCUAAAAUGUUGUCAUCAAAAGUAAAUAAAGCUGACAAAGUUGUCGACCACCACCAACUAUCGCCAUCAGCAAUAAAUGAGAAUGGCAUCAUCAAGAGAAAUCAAAACAGCAGCUCUUAUUACGGUCAGAAUCGAGCGCUUCCCGAAACUGAAGGGGUGGUGAUAUUAGCAGGGAGAGCGAACGAUAGCGAGAAACGGAUACGUUGGCCGCAAUCCCCCAAAGCAUCAUCAACAUCUGCGAUGGAGGCUACGAACAAAGGCAGCCAGCAUCCCUAUCAAGAUGUAAGUCAGCAAAAUCAACAAACGACAACCGCAGCCCCUACCACUUCUCGGACAUUGGCUAGUAAUGUAACUUCCCCCGGCGAGCUGCUUAAGAAAAAAAUACCACAUCUACCGGACAAAAUGAGAGAUGAUAAGCAUCUACGAUUCGUUGGAGCGAAAAACUUGAAUCUGACCGUUCUAACCUACAACGGGAAAGGGCAUACCCAUAAAACCAUUAACAAGGACAUUGCGCCCCAACCUCACCAUCCAAUGGAUACUACCUUGUCCAGGGAGCAGCUUUUUUCCGAUCUGGGAUCUGUGUCACAACGAGUACCCUCCAUUGAUUUUCAAUCGACCACGCCAGCGCCGUUACAAUUGAGUUCUUCCACAAACGGCCAAAGUCAUGUGAAAGUGAACAAAAAACGGAUUGCAAAUGAAUCUAAUAAUCAUCAAAAUAAUAAUCAUCAUCAAGAUGGACAGGACGAGGCGGACUUGCGUCCCCAAUUGAAUGCCCUCCACGCUUUGGCGUCCGUCCGUUUGAAUUUAUCCAACAACGCCACCAGCGAUAGUGGCUUGCCUCCGGAGCGGUGGCUUGACAUUCGAACUGCCACUGGACAUCCCGGACUCCUCGUAGUUAUCGGAUUGACAAUCGGAGUCAUAUUCACUCUGGGACUGAUACACAUCUAUAGAUGUAGACGCCCGGUCCCUUGGCGGAGAGCUUCACAUUUGCAUCAUCUGCACGAUAAUCUCCACUCGCCGCACUGUUGCAAUAGCACCGGACCAGAAGGCGGGAACUCUGGCAAUUUACACGAAUACAGUCCUGGUCAUUUUUGCAGCUACAGCUAUAAUAGUACAGACGACGAUGCUGGCUAUUAUAUUGAACCAGAUCAGAAUCGAAUUCGAACGUCCGCCCGCAGGGAUUUCCUUCCUAUGGAAUUGCUGAGAUCCACUGCAAACGCCGAUUGCCGAGAGAGUAGAGGCACUAAUGCAAGACAUCAUUAUCCCGAAAGUCAUGUGCAUUCGAUUUGGUGACGAACACUUUCGGACCGUAGCUACACCAUAUUUGAUUAAGCUCUGGACUUCUUCCUUUCGCCAUCCCGACCGAGCUGCUUUAAUUUAUCGGAGCUGAGAAAUGAACAAUUACAAUUUUCUGAAGUGUGCUGAAAUCGACAGAAGGAAUCGUCAAGACAGCUCCGGGAUCUAAUCCUUCUUCGAGCCGCUACCAUCGUUCCAGAAGCAACUUUCCAACAAUAAUGCAUCAAGGACGUGAUUAAACGAAACAAAUUGCAUUGCAGUCGUUCUUUCUACUUCGUUAGGGACUUGAAUCGUGCACUUUUGUGUGCCCCCCUUUGGAAGCGACAUAACAAAGGGAAAGCUUUGAAAGGAAGAAAGUAGGUCAUAAGGAUAUGCAAGGGUGGAGAACAAUGCUUUGUGUAAAUACAUACGUGAAAUAAUAAAUAAUAGACGAUCAAUUUCUAUCGAACGCAGAAAUCUGCACAGAUCUGUUUGCAUGAAGCAGAAAAUAUUUUUUCGGACGUUAAUUGGAUCUCAUACAUUUCCCAGCCCCAAAACUCUGCAAUGAAAAGCGAGAUUAAUUGGCAGUGGAGAAAUUUUAACAGUAAAAGAAGGCGCCAUUGUGAUUUAUCGAUGAAGGAUAAGAAUAGGAUAAGCAGAAGUUGUCUUAGAACUCGCACUAGAGCUCCAACAUUCGUGGAUAGAGAUUGGAAGGACACUUAUAAGAAUAUCUAUGAAUAGAAUACCGUUCCAUUCCUUGUAUAUAGAGUUAGAAAUUAAAUGUAGAAUUAAGGUAAAUAGUUUUAGAGCGAAAAAGGAAAGGAUUUAAGAGCAAUGACGUGUACAUUGUGAAAGAAUGAAAAAAUGGAUCUUUUGUCAUAAAACGAUAUUAUUAAGGAAUUGUAUGAGAAAAAAAUAAAUUAUU